AUGUUCUGUCGACAGAAAACCUUGCUGUUCACCCUGGCAUCGGUCACCAUCUUGUCCAUGUGUCCUGGUGAUUGUCUCGGUGACGCUCCCUGCUGCUGUCCAACCUUCUGGACUGCAUACAACGGUAGCUGUUACAGAUUGUUCAGUUACAGUAUGAAUUGGCAUGAAGCCAAGGCACAUUGUAACCAAUUCUCCAGACCGUCUCUUGGCGUUGGGGACAGGAAUAGCGUGGCUCAUCUUGUAUCCAUCCAUUCCCUAGAUGAGAAUGAUUUCGUUGUUUCUUACUUCAUAUCUACAGGAAUCAAGGAUCUGGGAGCUGAUGAAUCAAUUGGGCGCUACAUGUGGAUUGGUCUCCAUGAUACUACCAGCGAGGGGAACUUCGAGUGGACAGACCGAUCCUCGUUCACCAUGAAUAUGUGGUCCCCCGGACAGCCAGACAACUAUGGUACGGGGGAAGACUGCGGGGAGAUUACAGGCGUCUACGGCUAUAAGUGGAACGACAGACCGUGUGACGAUGUGGCUAAGUACUUCAUGUGCAAGUUACCAGUUUGGUAA